UCAAACACGAGAAGUCGAUAGUUCGUGUGCCGGUGUGGGCAUUUAGGAGAUCUUUUAAUUUUAUCUGUAUCAAGGUAUAAUCAGAAAGUAAACAACAAAGGAAAACAAGGGACUGAUUGUGUAUCUAGUUUGAAGGGUGAAACAGGAUAAGAUUGUGAAGAGAAAAAUGGUGUCAAUACCAGACGAAUACCUAUGGAUGAUAAUCGUAGGCUUUAUCAUUGCUUUCAUUUUGUCUUUUGCGAUUGGUGCUAAUGAUGUGGCUAACUCAUUUGGAACAUCUGUUGGAGCCAAAGUCCUCACUCUGCGACAGGCCUGCAUUUUGGGGAGCAUAUUUGAGAUCUUGGGAGCCAUUCUUAUUGGUUACCGUGUGUCAGACACGAUACGUAAAGGCAUUAUAGAUGUAGAUCUAUAUAACGGAACAGAGAGUACACUCAUGGUGGGAAAUGUGGCAGCUCUUACAGGUUCAUGUAUAUGGCUGUUUGUAGCCACAAUCUUGAAGCUCCCAGUUUCUACUACCCAUAGCAUUGUGGGGGCCACUGUAGGGUUUGCUUUGGUGGCCCAUGGCCAUAAGGGGAUUAACUGGAUGAAGAUGGGAUUCAUUGUUGGUUCUUGGUUCAUUUCCCCCCUCCUCUCUGGUAUCAUCAGUGUUCUGGUUUUCCUGGCCAUUAAGUUUUUGGUGCUAAACAAGGAGAAGCCCCUGGAGCCAGGCCUGAGAGUCCUCCCCCUGUUCUACGCCCUCACUGCCGCUAUCAACUUGUUCUCUGUGUUCUAUAAAGGAUCCUCAUUGCUAAAAUUUGAUAAAAUACCACUGUAUGGCGUGUUCAUCAUCACCUUUGGUUCCGCCCUCAUUGUAGCUGUUGUUAUUAGGCUCGCGUUUGUUCCCUGGUACAGGAAAAAAAUCCAAAAAUAUGUAGAAGAGUGUCAAGUUGAGGAGACUGAGAAAGGAAAAGACAUGGAAACAACAUUGGACAAUGAUGACGUCUCCAGACGCCAGUUGAUAGAUGAUGAGAAUAAGGAGAAUAUUGGAAAAAAUGAAUUGGAAGUUUCUCCAAGUGGAAAGAAAUUCCCCAUGGGUGCAAACUUAGCAAUUCUCAGUGAAAAGCUGUUGACUCCUUCAUUGCUAAACGGAAAUGUGAUAGAAAAAGAUCCUAGUACCCCUCAGUCCAAAAUCCCUAGCAAUUUUUCCACCCCGGAGUCUGACACAUCUUGCCAUUCCUCUGCACCCCUGCUGUGUUCACCUGUCUCUGCCAAAGAUAAAAAUUCCAAAGAAAGUGGUACACCUGGUGAUAGCAUUGAAAGUGUGGCUGAUGUUAAGAUUGAGGUCGAUUUAGAGGUAGCCAGAAGCGCAGUAACGGACAAACCAGAAACGAUCAAACUUUUCUCAUUCCUACAAAUCCUUACAGCAGUGUUUGGAUCCUUUGCUCAUGGGGGAAAUGAUGUCAGUAAUUCCAUUGGACCUCUGGUUGCCUUGUGGAUCAUUGCUUCAGAGGGAAGUGCUGCUCAAAAAACUCAGACUCCUAUCUGGAUCUUGGUUUAUGGUGGUGUGGGGAUUACCAUAGGUCUGUGGGUGUGGGGAAGAAGAGUCAUCAAAACCCUAGGGGAGGAUCUCGCCAAAACAACACCUUCCAGUGGGUUCUGUAUUGAGGUUGGGUCAGCCCUGACAGUCUUGUUGGCUUCUAAUGUAGGCAUUCCCAUCAGUACAACGCAUUGCAAAGUUGGCUCUGUUGUAUCCGUGGGUAGGGUACGAUCAAAACAGAAUGUGGACUGGAAGCUCUUCAGAAACAUCAUCCUAGCCUGGGUGGGAACUGUGCCAGUGGCGGGAGCGAUCAGCGCUCUUACAAUGUACCUACUAAUGUUCACGAUAUGAGGGGGGGAGAAACUGUAGAGAUGACAACGUGAAUUAUAUAACAGUGCUGCAGGUGAUCAUUCACAUCUGGUGAUUUGUGUUGUGAAUAACUAGCAUUCCUUAGUCAUCCUUUUCUUGGUUUUCAUCUAGUGCUACAAGUUAUCGUCUAGUGCUAUAAGUUAUAAUGAGUUUUCAUCUAGUGCUAUAAGUUAUAAUGAAUGUAACUGGAAUAUAUAAGACCUUUGCUACCUCAGACUGAAGGUCUAAUUUAACUUAUUACCUUGUUUAGUUAUGUGACAUCACAUUCACUACCUCAAGAUAAAGAAAAGUAUUUAUUCACUGAAGUGGGUGUACAGAAAACGGGAAAGAGAUAAAAUUCUUGUCAACUAUAUUAGCUAACUGCUUACAGGUUCAACUAAAGAUCUCAAGCUUAACUUCAUAUCAGUAUUUUAUAUUAUCUUAAGCUUGUUAACAUGUUCAUACCAGCAGUAUUUUCAGUUAUUAGAGUACUUUUAUUAUUUUCCAAUUUAACAUUGCAUUUUAUGUUUUUAUUCAGAAGAGGAAAUUUAGUUUGCAUUAUGGCAUCAUAGAUGAUUGUGACCGGGUCAUUAGCUAACCUCUCUACUCCUUUGAGACAAAAAAAUCUAGUCCCUUAUUGAGUUAAGAGUUCACUAUUUAAUGUUUUUGAGUAUGUGUGCAUGCUGGCUAAGGGGGAUCAUUUUAAGGCAUUUUAUAGAAAAUCUUGUCCUUCAUUUGUGUGUUCAAUGUAUUGCCAAAAAUGAAUUUUAAAAAAACAAAAAAAUAAGAAGGAAAAAAAAAGUUAAAAAUCGGGAAAAAAAAGUUAAA